CUCUGCCAGCUGAAUGCUUCUACUUCUACUGCUGAGAGACAAUGAAACCUAACUCACAGAUUCACACCCAGAGGUGGAGCUACAGUGACUGAGCAGAGCUGCAACGUCACAUUUCCUGAAACGAAACUGAAAGUCAGUGUGAGUGAGAUCAGAGCUGCAGUGGAGACAAGUCUCUGUGUUUCUCUCUACACAAACAUUCAACUGAAUCCAGCACGUCUUUAUCAACAACUGAGUGUCGAUAUGUCUGCUGCCAGCUGUCUGCUGACUGAAGAUCAGUUCCUGUGCUCCAUCUGUCUGGAUGUGUUCACUGAUCCAGUCACCACAACAUGUGGACACAACUUCUGUAAAACCUGCAUCACUGAACACUGGAGUACUAAUGUCCCCUAUCAGUGUCCAAACUGUAAAGAGGUUUUCACCACCAGACCUGAGCUGCAGGUCAACACUUUAAUAUCUGAGAUGGCUGCUCAGUUCAGACAGUCAGCUCAACAGAAAGCCAGCAGCAGCAGCUCAGAGCAACAAGUUUCCAAACCAGCAGAGGUUCCCUGUGACGUCUGCACUGGAUCCAAACUGAAGGCCCUGAAGUCCUGCCUGGUGUGUUUGGUCUCCUACUGUGAGACUCACCUGGAGCCUCAUCUGACAAUGUCAGGUCUGAAGAGACAUCAGCUGAUCGACCCUGUGGAGAACCUGGAAGGCAGGAUGUGUCUGAAGCACGAUAAACUGCUGGAGCUGUUCUGUAAGACCGACCAGAUGUGUGUCUGCGUGCUCUGCACUGUUUCACACCACAAGACACAUGAUGUUGUUCCUCUGAGAGAAGAAUAUGAAGGAAAGAAGGCCGAGCUGAAGGUUGAAAUUCAGCAGAUGAUCCAGAAGAGACGACUGAAGAUUGAGGAGAUCAAACACUCAGUGGAGCUCAAGAAACAGGCUGAAGGCUUCAUCAAAGAGCUGGAACAGGAAAUCUCUGAGCUGAAGAAGAGGAGCACUGAGGUGGAGCAGCUCUCACGCUCUGAAGACCACCUCCAUGUCCUUCAAAGCUUCACGUCCCUGAACACUGCUCCACCCAUCAAGAAGUGGACAGAGGUCAGCGUCUGUCCACUCUAUGAAGGGACUGUGAGGAGAACUGUGAGUCAGCUGGAGGAGAUGAUCAGUAAACAGAUGAAGAAACUCUUCACUGAGGUCGAGCUGAAGAGGGUCCAGCAGUCUGCAGUGGAUGUGACACUCGAUCCUGAUACAGCACAUCCUGGACUCAUCCUGUCUGAUGAUGGAAAACAAGUUAAACAUGGUGAUGUAAAGAAGAAUCUCCCAAACAGUCCAGAGAGAUUUGAUUCUUGUCCUAAUGUCUUAGCAAAGCAGAGUUUCUCUUCAGGAAGAUUUUAUUAUGAGGUUCAGGUUAAAGGGAAGACUAACUGGUAUGCAGGAGUUGCCAGAGAGUCGAUCAACAGGAAGGGACAGAUCACACCUAACCCUCAGAAUGGUUACUGGAUAAUAAGUCUGAGGAAUGGAAACGAGUACAAAGCUUGUGCUGACCCUUCAGUCAGUCUCUCUCUGAAGUCUCGGCCUGAGAAGGUGGGGGUGUUUGUGGAUUAUGAGGAGGGUCUGGUCUCCUUUUAUGAUGUUGAUGCUGCAGCUCUUAUCUACUCCUUUACUGGCUGCUCCUUCACUGAGAAACUCUGCCUAUUCCUCAGUCCCUGUCUUAAUUACAGUGGUAGUAACUCUGCCCCUCUGAUCAUCUCUCCUGUCAGUCACACUUGGUAAAAUAGGCAAUUCAUUUUCUACAUGAAAGAUUUUGUGCCAUUUAAUGUAAAAUAAUAUAAGUAUACUUAUUAAGGUACACGCCACUUUAUCACCCCCUUCCUAUCCUACCAUCUUAGGUUCAUGUCAUGCCUUUCAUAAUAGUAAUCCCCCAUCACCAUACUACCUUAUUGAAACAAGAGAAUGUUACUGUGUUCCUAAAUACUUAUAAGCUCCCCCUGCUGUUGUCUGAAGCAACUUGGGGGAUAGAGACCAUUCUCCAAUUUGACUCAGAACUCAUGGAAGACAAAACCAACAAAAGAAACUGUCACUUAAUGUAACAGAUAAUGCUUUCAAAGUCAAAUGUCAAUAUUUUAGCACUCUGUUCUUCAGCUAUUAAUGGUCCAUUAACCCGUUUCCCAUUUUCCAAAUCUUUCUUAACCAGGUAACCGGAAAAAAACAUUUUUUUUAUUGGAGGUUAAGUGAUUGAAAACGUUAGUCUAAUUAAUUACAUGUUCUUUGAUGAAUUUGUUUCAAAUAUUUUUAUUGUGAAGCAACAAUAAAACAGCAGUACCAUCUUUCUUGGUAUAAAAAUUGCCUCAUUUCCAUUAUAAACAAACACAUUACAGAACUGUAAUACAAAUACAAAAUUAGAAAAUACAAAAAUAACAAUACCUGGGGAGAUAAAUAAGAAUAGAAAUAUAUAUUGUCCUAAAUAUGAGAUUAUUGGUUUCCAGAUCUUGUCGAAGUCUUCCAGCUUGUUGUUCAGAGCAUACCGAAUCCUUUCAAGAUGUAAUGUAUCAGUCAAUGCAGUUACCCAGGCCCUAAAAGUUGGUGUCUCCUUCGAUUUCCAAUGUAAAAGGAUGAGUUUUUUCCCCGCAUAGUAGGCCGUAAGACAGAAGGUGGCGCUGAGUAUUCUGCAGACUCCUAGUAUUCCCUGAUGCCCCCAGUAUGACCAAGAGUGGAUCUGGUUUUAUUGUAAUCCUAAGAAUGUUCGUUGAUGAAUUUAUCAAAAUGAAUUGCAUACAUCAAUUACUGCUGUCAAGCUAUUUCAAAAAAUUCAAUUCAAAUAAAUUUUGGCAGAUGUGUUGCAGUAAAGCUUACAGAAUUUGGACACAAUUGUCCCCCUGUCCUACACCACCCAAAUUGAUCUGCAGUCCUUUGCAAUCCAUUUUGUAAGGCGGUUAGUUAGUCGGUCACAGGAAGACUUACACAGUUUGAACACCUGGUCGAGUGUCGCUUGACGAGGCUGACUCCUAGCACUAGCAUCAGAGGCUGUGCUAGCUCAGACCUCUGGGUUCGCUGCUAAAUGCUUUGUGUUGAGGUGAUAUUUCAGACUUUAAGUUCUCUGAUGGUACAAAAAUUCUUCACUGCAGAAACUUUAGAGAACAGUGCUUCUAUCAACAGUUCCAUCUGGGCGUUUUUAAAUGUAAAUGUUCAUUCACGGGGCCAAACAGCGUCGUCUCAUAUGUAUUUUUUUUGUGUCACAUUGCUACUUUUUACACAGCUACAGAUUUUACUACAUUAAUUGAUAUUAUCUUAUAUAGUCAAAGUUAUUUUAAUAACCCCAUUACCUGCUUAAAGGCUGUUGAAUCAUCCGAGAACAAUAUGUGCAUAAAUACGAAGCAUUUGCACCUUGUAGUUGUGUUUGUGCCAGAUUCAAAGCCCUUUAUUGUCUGAUCAUUGUAUAUAUAAAGAAGGGUUGCAUGCUGGCACAAAUCAAUGAAGAGCAGUUUAUGAAUAAAAUAAAAUUAAUUUGCUUUCAUCAAAUUUUCUUUUUAAAUUAACAACAGACAAAAUAAAGUCUUAAUUGUAGUUAUUUUGUUUUUGAUUGAUAUCAAAGCUGAGAAACAAGCUAAUUGUGUUUCUAAUGAAGCCAAAUGAUGUGAUAAAACCAUCAGACUGACCUGAGCUGCCAAUCUCCAACGCCCCAUCACAUUUGAGAUAACUGGUAGUGUAAGAUAAGGUAGUGAAUGCUUUAGUCCUGUUUCCACCAAGCAGUACGCUUCAGUUCAGUUCGGUACGCUUUUUUUCUGUUUCCACUGCGAAAAGUUGUGGACUGUACCAACAGAACCGUUCCGUACUGUGACCAUGUUUGGUCCCCCCCUCUGUUGGGGUACCUAGCACAUAGAUCUGUUACUAAAAGGUGGAGCUGUGAACACUGCAGUCCGCCCACAUUUAAGAGUAAUGUUUGUGGUGGAAACACUGGGGUCUAGGUACCAUGUCUGAAGGGUAACUUUUGGUGCCAAAGGUACCAUACUGACAGUGUUGGUGGAGACGGGGCUAUUGGUUCUGUCACAGCUCAGUUACUGUUCUGUGAUUUGGUCAAGGCUUCAUUGAAUGAGAUAAACAAAUUACAAGUAGCUCAAAACAGAGCGACACACUGUGCACUGCAGUGCUCUGACAGAACUAAUGUUAAAGACAUGCUUGACACACUGAGUUGGCAAACUGUAAGGCAGAAAUUCAACUAUGCAUUGUUACAUUUUCCUGCUACCGAACGCUAAAACAAUUAUGAUGCAGAAAACAGUCAUGUACAGACAGUCCAGUCAAUCUAAGUCAAAAAGGGCCCGACCUAGGAGAAACUGCAGUCGUAAUGUUUCAUGGUUUUUAUUGGUCCUAAAACCCUCCUGCAUCGUAUGUUAAAAGUAUACCGUCAUUGAUUUAGUGGAACUUUAUUAUUUCAAGGGCAAAAGCAAAGUUUCAACAUUUUAUAGUGACAUGGUGAAAUGAUGUUAAUACUGGAGGGUGUAUGGAUACCUAUCCAACACAUUUGGUGUCUUGUCUUAAGUUUUUGGGUAAAGGAUAUUGUGAUGUGUUGUACCUGUCCACUUACAGUUUGUGCCCCACUGCUCCUAUGGGCGUAUCUGCAUCUAAACUGUCAAGUCAUGGUUUUUUUUGUUUGUUUGUUUUUUGCGGGAGUCAGAGGGGCAACUGCAUCUGUGCGCACCGCCAUCUUGGAUAAAUGAUUCUGUAUAUUUCAUAUGUAUGAUGUCAUCAGGGUUGGUUUGACGUAGAGAUACAGAGUGUGUGUGAGCUGACUGGAUCUAUUACUAAUUUUUCUACUCUAUUCCAUUCAAAUAUUCUAUUAGCAUCUUUGCUCUUAUUGUCAUCAUCUUUUUUCUUUUCACUCACUUAAAACAAUGCAUUUAAAUUUAAGUAAAUUGCAAAGGCAAAAUGAAACACUGUGCCUCAUGAUAAUGUGCCAGAAAAAGACAUCCAAUACGUCUUAUAUGGGACAGGAAACACAUACAAGGGCAACAGUGGAAGCUUCUACUUGUCAAAAACAUCAUGGGAAAUCACUGGUGAUCGUGUUUUAUGGGCCCAGGUCAGACUUUUCACUAACUGGUACCACCCAAGGCAGCAAAUACUAGUUUGGUAUUAUGAAAAACUUUUUAUCUCUACAUGAUAUUUCAACAUAAUCACCCUUCCCAAGUACAGAUAUCAACCUUCAAUGACACCAACAGUUAAACCAAAGAAUGAAAAAGCAGAGGCAUGUUUCAAGUUUGGUCUCACUCAAGCUCUCAGUCUGGGUGCUGAUAUGCGUCAUGGUUUUCAUGGACAAACACGUUUGUAUAUGUGCUGAAUGAUAAUAUGAUUUAUAAGCUAAUUUUAUUGACUUUGUUUGGAUUAAAGAAAGAUCAUUUUAGGGUACAGGGACCUCCUCAGUGCACAUAUACAUUCAGAACAGGUCGUAUCUGAUGGUUAUAUGUGAAAAAGCAUUCUUAAAAUAAUGUUUGGAUUACAUGAAAAUAUCAUGUUCUGAAGCAGACACAUGCACCUCUUUGUCUGAAGCUGUGACAUAAUGGCCCCAAAUUUUGAGCCCUGAAUUUUCCUUGAUCCACUAAAUAUGUAAUGGUAUACUUUUAAUAUGUUAUUUGGAUGUCCCAAGAGAUCACAAAAAAACUUCAAUGACCUACUAUUGCAAUUGUCCCUGGGUCAAACCACAGAUUGACUGGACUUGGAAUUAUUCAGUGUAUAUUGUUCAAGAGAAUAUUAAAAGUGUGUUAAAACAGCAUCUCCAAACAUUUCAGAAAUUAUAAAUGAAUUAUGUUUGUAAAUUUUGGAAAUGGUGUAUGUAACAAAUAUAUACCUGGUGAAACUAAAUCCCCCUGGAAGAUAAGGAGAUGUGUUAUUUAAUGCCCUACUUGGAGGCAAAUGUUUGAAAGCUCAGGAUGGAUGAUUUAUAAUUUAUCAGGCAGACGAGGAUUUAUGUUUAUUAUAAAUGACCAUGUAUUCAUAUGAAACUCAAACUCAGGUCUGCUAUGAAUUCUUAGGAACUGUGUCUGAAUUAAUUUUUGUUAAAGCGAUGAUGAUUUGGUUUAUUUUCCGGACGCAAUAUUACAACAAUGCAUUCACAAAGAAGAAUCAUCGCUAUGAUCCUUAUGUCUGGAUGUCAAAUUAAAAAAACGUUUUAAUAUCUGAUCACUGUUGAAAUAAAAAGUGUUGCAUACUGGCACAAAUUGCUGAAAGUUAUUUAUAAAUAAUACGAAAGUAAUUUUCUCUUAACAUCUUUUUUUUUUUGAAUAAACAAAA